AUGGCCGGCCCCGUGGGGUCCCCCUACCCCGCGCGCACGAACCCCCGCCUGGACGCGUUCCUGCGCCGGCACCUGGCCCCCCAAGUCUACGAUGCCAUCCGCGCGUACGAGGCGUGCGUGGCCGUGUCCGAAGCCCAGAAGCGCUUUUGGGGGUUCGUGGUGCUCAGCGACCGGCUCCUCUACCUGACCCAGAACCCCCCCAAAACCCUGCGGCAAGUCGUGGCUCUGCGGGACGUCGUGGCCAUCGACCUGAUUGAUGAUUACCCAGAAUUUUUGAGUUCACCAUAUAGAGAAACCAACCAACAUAUCCGUAUCAUCUAUUCUUCAGCUGUUUUAAAAAAGGAAGGUGAAAAACCAAAAGAUGACUGGAAAGUCUUGUUUCCAUUUCGUCGUGUCAAUGCCAACAAGAAGAAAGUUAAGGAAGAAAAUAAUGGCCAAAACUUUUGGAGAGGCAAAGAACCUAGAAGUUUGGAUGAAUCUUCCUCCUUCAGAUCUGAGGAGAAAAUUAAACACUUCAGUCAACUUAAAUCUGAGCUUUUUCUUAAGGACAAUACAUUGAGGAAGAUACUUGAUUUAAUUACAGAACUUAACGUUGCAGCUCAGAAAAACUUCAUUCUGAAAAGGCUUUUCUGGAAAACCAGUGACCUUUUCUAUUUCCUCGUGAACAAACUUCAAGAGUAUUUGCCAGAGUCUAAGAAUAAGAAUAUGCUUCAGAAUAAAAGCCAAAGGGCUGAUGAGCUGGUGACAUGCAUUGAAAUUAUACAGACUCUAGGGCUGAUGUUUAGAGAAACAGAAACAGAAUCGUCACGUCUGCAUACACUGGCAGCUAAGAAGGGAACACUAUUUAAUCUCUUGCUAAUUUUAAUUAGCAAACCUCAGAUUCCAAAGUCUUGUGCUGUGUUUGAUAUCCAGUUGGUGACUGACUCGACUUUGGUUGAGAUGUCUUUUGAUGCUGAGUUACAGAAGCUUAUCCUGGAAUAUACAGACACAGCCACUGCACUUUUAUAUGAGAUUCUUCUUGUCUUUCAGCAGGGAAGUCUUGAAUUGGGAUCAAUGAAGUUCGCAAUUAGCUGGAUGAUGUCCUUUCUACAAAGUUGUCCUCCCAUAAUUACUUUUGUGGCCAGUACUGUCAAACAAAUGGUGAAGGGGCUUUCAGCUUCAUUUCAGCUCUUGAGUCCCUGCCAAGCAGUUCUGUUAUACCAGCAGUUUUACAUUCUCAAGAGCUGCCUGCAGCAUAGCACAGUUCUGGCUGAAUAUAUUAGAAAUGAUCACAGAGAAGAAUUCAGGUACUUUAUACACAUGCCAGCCUUGGAGAAAAGACUUCCUGUGUGCUACCCUAUUACCCAACCUACCAUUCAGCUCUUUCAUGAAGUCCUGGAACUAGUUGAACAGAAGCAAUGUGUGAAUGUGUGA